AUCUACUCGUACACCACAUCGUUUCCUCUAACCAUCCACCACAGUCCUUUCCUCGCUCCGUGUCUUCAUGCUUUCCCCUUUCAAUUUGAUUCCCACCCCCACCAUCCCAGCCAUUGAAAGUGUUUUUGCCCGUUUACCUCACGCACCUUCGCCUCUGCUGCCAGCCGCAACCUGCCGUGGUUCGCUGCGUCCUCCAGCUCCGUACGUUAUUUAAAGGCUGUGCACCCCUUCUAAAAACUCUCUGAAGCGCCGACUCCCGAACCACGAAACUCGUGGAUCGACUCGCGUUACCUUCGACGCGGAUUACUCUUCGAAAACACGGCAUCUUCCCCCGGAUAAUCGUUAUUCCAAACAAUGUCAGCGUCGGCGUCACAACUCCUCCUCGGUGCGGCCUUGCCCGCCGCUGCGGCGUUCGCCUACCUCGAUGCGAAAUACCUCCUCGUCCACGACUAUUUCCUUAUCUACCCCGUCGCCGCCUCCACCAUUGCGAUGCACAUGAAGCAGCGAAGCGGCAGACUGAAUACCUUCUACCGGCUCGAGGAGCGCGCCUUAGACUCCAAUCCGGCGGUGCGCGAUAAAGCGUUCCUGGUCUACCAGGGCCAGGAAUGGUCCUACAAGGCGGCAUACGAGAUCGUGCUGAAGUAUGCGACGUGGCUCAAGGAGCGACACGGCGUCAAGCGCAAGGAGAUCGUGGCGAUGGAUUUUACGAACAAGCCUGAGUUUUUGUGGCUUUGGUUCGGUCUCUGGGCACUGGGUGCUACGCCGGCGUUUUUGAAUUACAACUUGGAGGGCGAAAGAUUGGUGCACUGUGUCAAGGCUUCGACAGCCAGUCUGCUGCUGGUCGACGAGGAGGUGGCCGCGGCGGUGCGGGAGCCGACGACGAAGGAGGCGCUCGAGGAUGGUGGAAAGAGGAGGGUGGUGAUCUUUGACGCGCACACGGCGGCGGGUGUAGCGACGUGGCGCGGCGAGCGACCACCGGACGAGGAGCGGUCGUAUGCUCUGCUUCCUGAUCCUGCGAUCCUGAUUUAUACCUCCGGCACGACGGGAAUGCCGAAGCCGGCGGUGGUGAGCUGGCACAAGAUUAAUCAUAGCACGGGCUUCACGAUGCGAUGGAUGGGGAUGAAGAAGUCGGAUCGGUUCUACACAUCCAUGCCUUUGUACCACACCUCGGCCGCUGUUCUCGGUGUCAACACCGCUCUCUUGGCCGGCGCUACGGUAUGUCUUGGACACAAAUUCAGUAUAAAACGCACAAUCGGUGAGCUGCGGGAUACCAAAGCAACCAUCUUCCAAUACGUCGGCGAGACAUGUCGCUACCUCCUCACCGCACCGCCAUCCCCAGAUGACACCAAUCACAAUGUCCGCAUCGCCUUCGGCAACGGUCUACGCCCCGACGUAUGGAGAGAAUUCAAGCAGCGCUUCGGUAUCCCUGCCAUAGCUGAAUUCUACGCCUCAACCGAGGGCAUGUCCGGCUCUUGGCAUCUCCAAACCGGAGAAUUCGGGAUCGGCGCAAUCGGCAAAAACGGUGCACUGACGAAUCUCAUUCUCGGCAGCGGCACAAAAAUUGUAAAGCUGGACUACGACACCGAACUGCCCUACCGUGAUCCGAAAACCGGUUUCGUAGUUGAAUGCCCAGCCGGCGAACCGGGAGAGCUCAUGUGGAAACUGGACGCCAACGAUAUCAAGGCCCGCUUCCAAGGCUACUUCGGAAACGAAAAGGCCAGCGACAGUAAAGUUCUGCGUGACUGCUUCGUGAAGGGCGACGCGUGGUUCCGCACCGGUGAUCUGCAGCGGAGAGAUAAGGACGGCCUAUGGUACUUUAUGGACCGCAUCGGCGACACGUUCAGAUGGAAGAGCGAGAAUGUUUCCACCGCCGAAGUCGCCAGUGUGCUGGGCACCCACCCGGGAAUCGAAGAGUGUGCCGUCUACGGUAUUACCCUGCCUCAACACGAUGGAAAGGCCGGAUGCGCUGCUAUCGUCCUGCACAACGGAUGGGAUAUUCAGCGGGUCAUUGCCGGCCUCGAUGAAACAGUCAAGGCUCUCCCGAAAUACGCCAGGCCAGUGUUUAUCAGGGUAGUCAAGGAGCUCGAGAAAACUGGCAAUAAUAAAAUCGUCAAGCGCACUUUGCAGGAUGAAGGGGUUACUGAGGGAACUAUUGAGGAUGUUUGGUGGUGUCCCGUUCCUGGCCAGGGGUAUGUCAAGUUUGGACCAGAGGAUUGGAGGAGUCUAGGGAAGGGAGGCGUUAAGCUGUAGCCUGGCCAUAGAGAAGAUAGAGGGCUGGGUCAAGGUGGAUGUGGCUUUGUACGAAGGGUGUUUUACCUUGUUUUUCUUUUUUAGUUCCUCGGUGCUUUCCGGAGGGGUGGGUUUACGAUGGGAAAAUGGGUUUUCGUCAAUUCAUCUUACUUUUCACUCUCCGCAGUUGUGCCGACGGAGGAAGCGUGAUUAUUCGAUGGGACUUUGUAUAGAUACUGGCCGUGGAGGGUUUGGGAAUUGCGCUGACGGUGAGUCGAAAUACCUACUUAGGUAGGUGCAAUCAUAUGAGAUCACCC